UAACAAUCCAGACCACCGCAUACUGAUGGGGUGUAUAAAUAUGUGACGGCUCCUACUGUUCCAAGUCACACAGCUGUAUGUUCAUCCUCUCUGCAACAGGCAUCACUACAGCAAAGAUGGCAUCAGGUUUUCACUUGGCUUUCUUCCUCUGUCUGGCUAGCGGACUGUUGAUUGCAGGAACUGUAGGGUCCACCAGGAUUAGCAGGUCUGCAGGCUGUCCUUCUGGUUGGAGCCGGUAUGGUUCUCGCUGUUUCUACAUUUUCACCGCUCAACGGACCAUGGCUGAUGCAGAGCUCAUCUGCAUCAUUCACGGUGGGAACCUGGCCUCAGUCCACAACAUCCAUGAACACUAUUUCAUUAGGAAUCUGAUUUACCAGAGGUAUCGCUCAAAUGAACGUGCCUGGAUUGGGUACUUUGAUGCAAUACAGGAGGGAAGGUGGAUGUGGACUGAUGGUUCGGGGGCCACAUUCAGAUACUGGGCUCAUGGGGAGCCUAACAACCGAGGAGGAGAACACUGUACAGAGAUCAACUUCAGAGGGAACGCUUGGAAUGAUGAGGGCUGUAACUCCAGGAGACCUUUUGUUUGUGCCAGGAAACUUGGUCCCCCCCAGUUCAAAGAUCCCAUCUGCACCCCUGUCCAGAGGUAUGACAGCAACCUGCGACAUCCUGGUCCAGAGUCCCACUGCCGUAUGUUCAUCCUCUCUGCAACAGGCAUCGCUACAGCAAAGAUGGCAUCAGGUUUUCACUUGGCUUUCUUCCUCUGUCUGGCUAACGGACUGUUGAUUGCAGGAACUGGGUCCACCAGGAUUAGCAGGUCUGCAGGCUGUUCUUAUGGUUGGAGCCGGUAUGGCUGUCAGUGUUUCAGAGUUUUCGUCCAUCACCAGAGCAUGGCUGAUGCAGAGCUCACCUGCGUUGGUUACGGUGGGAACCUGGCCUCAGUCCACAGCAGUGCGGAACACUACUUCAUUAGGAAUCUGAUUUUCCAAAAGUAUCGGUCAUAUGUAACCGCCUGGAUUGGGUACUUUGAUGCAAUACAGGAGGGAAAGUGGAUGUGGACUGAUGGUUCGAAGUCCACCUACACAUGCUGGGGUCAUGGGGAGCCUAACAACGUAGGAGGAGAACACUGUACAGAAACCAACUUCAGAGGAAACUCUUGGAACGAUCUUCCAUGUCACUUCAGGAGGCCUUUUGUUUGUGCCAGGAAAGCGUGAUGCUCCCACCAUCUUCCGUCAUAUGUACCAUUAUGAUGUUACUUUGACCAGUGUGACGCUAAUUUGUCUGUAAUGUUAUACUUACGUUUUAAUAGCAAACUUGCUGUAAUGAUUCACUUUCAAUUUAAUGCUUCCAAAGCAAAUUCCUACAAAUCAGUAAAUAGAAAUAUCUCUCUGAUUAUUCACUCUGAUUUGUAACAAUACCUGACAUCACAGGAAAUCGCCUCACUAAAUAGAUUAAAAUGGGAUUUAAAAACUUGAUUUUUUAUGAGGGGAAAAUGUAUUUUUCUUGUGAUUUUUUCAUUUACUUCAAUAAUACACCAUAAAGUUACAAUCUAAAUCACAGCAAAACAAACUGAAAAAAAAACUUACUAAAAUAAAAAUAAUCUUUAAGAAUAA